ACUUUCGAUACUUCGAUUAACUAAUUUAUCGGGGAAAAUUAUAAGACUAUGGUGCACACGUUACACACCGAGAUCGUUGUCGCAUGCCUGGAAUUUUGUACUCUCCCCACUCUGACACACAAGGGGGAAUGUCCCGUAACACUGGACCUGGUUUGUAUGAAUUCCUUAUGGAAGCAGAACUCCAACAGUAUUAUCCUGGAAUUCGAGGGGACUUGAAAGUACAGACAACUGCUCAAUUGAAAUAUGUAACAGAAGAUGAUUUAAAUGCGAUUGGAAUGAGUAAACCAGAAAUGCGUCGUUUAAAGAAAUAUUUUCAAAAACAUUUUCCACAAAAUUAUUUAUCUAAAUUCAAAAAGAUGUUACUACCAAAACGGGAAGAACCAACUACAGGUGCUUUAACUAUGUUGCCAGAAGAAAGGCAAGAUAAACCACCGAUUCGUGUUCCUAAUAAACAUAUGAUACCAGCAGAUGCAAUUAUUGUGAACAAAGAAUUAGGAACAGGAGAAUUUGGAGUUGUUCAACAAGGUGUUUGGACAAAUGAUGGUGAAAGAAUACAAGUAGCAAUUAAGUGUUUAUCACGAGAAAGAAUGCAGAAUAAUCCGAUAGAGUUUUUAAAAGAAGCAGCCAUAAUGUAUGCAAUAGAUCAUGAACAUAUUGUAAGAUUGUAUGGUGUAGUUUUAGAUACAAAUUCUUUGAUGCUUGUCACAGAAUUAGCACCUCUGAGAUCAUUAUUAGAAUGUUUGAAAGAACCAAGUUUACGUAGCAGUUUUCCUGUACUUUCAUUAUGUGACUUUUCUGUACAAAUCGCAGAUGGAAUGCAAUAUUUAGAGGCAAAGCGAUUAAUACACAGAGAUCUUGCUGCUCGGAAUAUUUUAGUAUUUUCUAAAAACAAAGUCAAAAUAUCUGAUUUCGGAUUAUCUCGUGCUUUAGGAGUUGGAAAAGAUUAUUAUCAAACAAAUUUCAAUGUAAAUUUGAAAUUACCAAUAGCAUGGUGUGCUCCAGAAUGUAUAUCAUAUUUAAAAUUUACUUCUGCUAGUGAUGUAUGGGCCUAUGGAGUAACUUUAUGGGAAAUGUUUAGUUAUGGUUUUCAACCAUGGGCAGCAUUAACAGGUCAUCAAAUUUUAGAAGCGAUAGAUGAUCCUAAUUUUCAAAGAUUAGAACAACCAGAAUGUUGUCCAAAAGAAUAUUUUUCACUCAUGCAACAGUGUUGGCAACAUGAACCAUCUAAACGCCCCAAAUUUUCUGAAUUAAUUAAUCUUUUACCUGAUUUGAAGCCAGAACAAGUUCAAGCUGUUCAAGAUAGCAUGGAAACAAAUCAGCUUGUUUACAGACAAGGAGAUGUUAUUACUGUUCUUGAUAAAGGAAGUAGUAACACAUUAUGGAAAGGUGUUCUAAAUAAUGGAAAAACUGGCUUUUUUAAUCCUGCUCAUACAAUAGCAUAUCUUGGAUCUAAUUUACCAAGUAAUAAACCAGGUGAAUUUACACGUGGUGAUGGCAAAAACACAUUUUCUUCUCAAAGGCGAAAGAUUCGUACGGAUAUGAUUUCAUCUCCACAAGGUGAUUUGAAACACACUGGUCAUGUUGGAUUAGAUGGAGCUUAUUUUGGUGAUAUCGGUUUUCUCGGCGGAAAAUAUUCACAUUUACCACGACAAGUGGUUCCACCAUAUAAACCACAAGAAGAUGUAACGGAUAAUUCUAGUCAAGCUUCAAGCCAGGAAACAAGAAGCGCGGAUACAAAUAGAGAAUUAUUGAGAGAUUAUAGGAAUACACAACAAGAUGUUCAAAAUAAACAUGAAAGUUUGUGGUCAGAUGUAAAUGAAGUGUGCCAUACUGCUAAUUCAAGUAAACAAUCUAUUCCAUUAAAUAUGGCUAGCAAUAAUGAUCUUGGAGCAGAUCAUGAAUAUCAUGAAAUAAGUGAUGAAGAAAAUCAAGAUAGUCCAUUAAGAUUUGAUAAAACAUUAAAUUUUGAUUUUGGUCCAAGUUUAUUGGCUGAAAUGGAUCAAAUGUUUAGAUCACUAGGAUCUUCUCCUCCUCCACCACCUCCAAUUCAUCCUUUAUCAACUGAACAUGAAACAAGUAAUGUUCGAAAUGAACUGAGAGAAAUACAAGCAAAGCAGAGCAAUAAAAAAAAGCAAGCCACCGUGAAGCCUAUCUCAGCAGCCGAUCAGAAAACUCUCUACUCAGCCAUUGCUAUGGCACAGGAAUUGACAGCACGUUCCAUGACAGACCUUGAACAUCCACCGGAGUCUCCCCGAACACCUGCCAGUCCUUCAAGACGCAGAAAGUUCUCUUUUAAGUUGCCACAUCAACACAGUCCCAAACCAGACAGACGACACUUUUCAGAAGAAGCUGCCAGUAUACCUGACAUACAGUGGUUGUGUUCAAGUUUGCAAUCAUUAUCAUCCACUGUAUCAAGCAUAGAAUCACUUGGAGCACCAUCUACUUUGAAAUUACCAUUAUGGGACAAAGCAUCUGCCGAAUUUUGUUUCGCUAAGUCUCGUGAACUUCUAACUAAACCCACUGCAUGGACUUCUUAUAUGGAUAUAGAAUUCGAUGCACAUAUUCUUGAUAAUGCAGUUAUGAAACAAAAUCUCGUGAAGUCAACGGAAUUCUUGGAAAAUGGUAACAAAAAGAGUAAUUUCAAUUGUGAAAGUAUAACAGAUAUAAGUGGAAAACAAAAUAUUCUUCAACAAAAUGGAAAAGUACCUACUCUCAAUAUAGAAAAUUCAAAUUUCGAUUUUUCUCGAGAACAAAAAAGAGUAUCCACUAGUUAUGUGGAUCGUUAUUUUGAACAAUCAAAAUAUUUCGACGAUAGUACUAUAACAGGUCCUAAUGAGAAAGUAUCGUAUUUCGGCGAUGAUAAAUACGACAAGAUUAAUAAUUUAGAACAACCAGGUAAAUCUGGAUGUUAUUCGAACAUUCAGGAUCAAGGAUCUAUUGCUGUGAAUAAACAUAAUCAACAGAUAUCAGGCAAAUUUGUUAAUUGCGAUCAAUCAUUGAAGGAUAAUGUAAAUUUUGAAAUACAAUGCGAAGAAACUACUGGCUUUGAUUUGAUGAAAGAAAAAUCUUCAAACUUUGUUGACUUUACAUGUAAUAAGUCUAUUAAAUUUGAUUUACCCAGAGAUAAGGUGAUUAACAUAGACCUCGGUACAAGACCGAAGAUUUCUAGUUCUUUUAGUGAUUCUUCUAAAAUGAAUAUACCUGAAUUUCCUAAGAAAAUUGACAUAUCAAAGAUGAGAAGUGGGAAAGUACCAUUUGUACCAAGAAAUCCAAAUCAAGAAAGUAAAGGUAUCAUUUUUGGAUCUACAGAUAGUAUAAAAACAAAUUUAAAAAUGGGAGGAGGAUCAGACAGUCCUAGAGGAAAUAUGGAAGCUAUGAGAAUCAAUAUUCAAAGUUUCCGUAAAAUAGAACAAAAUCAAAAUGGUCAUGAGGGUUUUCCUUUUGUUAUAUCCAAUAAUCCUCUAUUCAUUGCAGAAUCUGAAAAAAAAGAAUCUCCCGUUUACAGUAGUUCUGAAAGUUUACGAGUUAAUUUCCAACGACUUAGAAGAAAAUCUGAUGCAGAAGUAAAUAAUCAAGUAGAAUUGAGUAGCAAACUUCUGGCAGAGAAAUAUCAAAAAGAAGUAUCAGGUUUGGAGAGUGUAAAGAAUUAUUUAGAUUCAAAGAAAGGCCAAGGAUUGAAUUUAGGUCUGGGUAAAUUGACACAGAAUAUGAUUCAAUUAGGAAAGAAUAUCGCGCAAAAUUCAAGAAAUAUAGAAACUACUACCACCAAAUCAUUGGUUACCAGUGUAAGGAAUUUGGAUAUAUCUGGUCAAACCCAAACAUCUCUGAGAAGUCUAAAUAUACAAAAACCUAAACAUUUAGAUUUGAAUAUUCCUCUCCAAUGUCAAUCACAGACCAGUAUAAAAUUGAAUUUGACUUCACAAAAAACGAAUCCUCCAUCUAGUCCUAGUCUACACCAGCAUAUUUUAGAACCACCGAAAUUAUAUCAGAAUGACAAUACUAGAAAAGAACUAUCUAAGACUGAUACAUUUUUAGAAAAAAUGUCUACAGCUACCAAUAUAUAUAGACACAGAACGUCUUCCCUAUCAGAGAAUAGAAAACCACCUCUUAAAAAUAUAAGGAGAUCUUUUCAUCCUAUUAAUGAUUCUAGUGAAGAUUCAGAUUCUAUAUCUCAUUCGGAAACAGACAUACGGAGCCGUUUGCGUUAUAAGCGUCGUCAUAAAAAACUUCCGCAUAAUUUACGACUAAAUUUCAAGAAUAAAGGUCAUUUUUUGCAUCCGGAAGCGGCUAGAGGAUUUUCAUCGAUAGAACUUUGCGGAAAAUCUCCGCCUCCAUCGACCAGCUUUUUGAACUCUCUAUCACCACCUUUUUCUUCUAGAAAUAAUUUACUUUCUUGGCCAGAAAGUGCGCCCAGUUCUAGUCUGACAUUCACUAGCAAUUCUGAUUUGGAUUCUGAUACUAGUUCAGAAUACCCAGAAUUCACAAAUGACGCUACGUUGUCGGAUGAAGCCAAGGAAGUAUACAACAGCCUUGUGGAGACGCCCAGCAUAGAAACCUCUCCGGAUACAAAUCCAUUGCGCAUGCUACGUUCAGGCUUACCCAUUGUCAGACCCAGAAUUCGUGGAAAUAAACAUGCCACUCUGGGUCAUCCAGUGUCUCAUCAAGAUGAUUUGGCUGCCGAUCAUUUUCAUUUUGAAGCCUAUCACAGUGGUUCCAAGACACUGCCAAAAAUAAGAGCGCCGCCACCACCACACGCACCGCCGCCCAUACCUUAUUCCCGUCAUCUAGAGAGACAUCAUUCUACUCAGGAAAUAGAAAAUAAUCAAAACCAGAACAAUGUAGACGAGAAUCCUAUACCGUUGCCACCUAGAGACAGAUCUAAAACGCUGCAACCAAAAUCUAGUUUACCCAGGCAUCAGAGGAAGCAUCCUUUGAUUAUACCAGGUGGUGGUAUAACUAGAACUUUGGCCAAAAUGGCAGUCACUACACCGCCUAUCGAAGAUCAGGUAGAUGGAAGUAUGCAGAGUACGAGUUCUUCCAUAGCCAGCAGUUCAUUACAUGAAGGAUAUUCAUCAGAAAAUUCAACUAAUAGUCCAGAAGAAUUUGAACAGCGUAUAGACUCUGAAUUUGCUGCAUUGGACUCGUUAUCGGCAGACGAAAAUAGAUUGCACCGCUUCAGUGUGAUCUCUGAAGACCUACUUGAAUUUUCUGACAAUUUAAUUGAUUGUGAUACACCAGAUUAUCGACAAAAUACACAGGAAAUUAGUGAUGUACAAUCUAUUGAUUCUUCAACAGAACGACUCCAGAGAAAAAUCAGCAUUGAAUCAAAGACUUCUCUCAGAAGUAAUACUUCGAAAUAUGUUCAAGAAAAUGAAACAGAUGAAGCAAAUAGAAACUCUACUCCAUCAGAUAUGAAUAAAUCUGAAGAUUCAAUGAUCUCUCUCAAAGGUGAUCUCACACCAAGUAAACUUCAAAUAUGUAAAAGAACAUUAUUAAUUCAAAAACCUUCAAACUAUAUGAUGCAGUUCAAUUAUGGAGAAUAUUCAGAAAACAAUUCACAGUCACGAUGUGAUACGAACAAACAACAGACGGAAAUCUUAAAAGAAUCCUCUAUUACUGAUUCAAAUGAUAGUUUUCAUUCUACAGGUUUAACAACUAACUACAAUAGAUUGUCUAAUGAAAAAUUAUCUAGACAUACAAGUGAUCUUUCGCGACAAUCUGAUCAUGUCUCUUGUGAGGAUUUAUUGGAAUUCGCUUGUGAUGGACCAAAUGCAAGAAGAACACGUGGUCCUCGGAAUGGAGAACAGUCUGAUGAAGUUAGAAUCAUGAUGAAAGUAUUGCACGAGCAGUCCACUCCAGAAUCAUGCAUAGCUGCAUUAAAUGUCACUGAUUGGGAUGUAUUGGCUGCAAUUAAGCUAGAACGUCUUCAAAGUUUACUUAAAAAAGAAAACAAUUUCGUUGGUCUGGAAGAUUGCAAAGUAAUGUUAAAUCAAUGUGGCGGUGAUGUCGUAAAGGCGGCUGCACUAUUGAGAAAUACUGAUGAUACUGCUGCAGUUUAAUUAAUCAUUUUUAUAA